AAGACAGCGGUUAUCGGGUGCAUUUUCGCCGCCUACUCUAUUCCUGUUUCUUUCUUCAUCUCCUUCAUUCCCUCCAUGCGGUGGUUGGCGCCUCCAGAUCGUAGAGAACUCACGCUCAUCAUCUUUUGCCUGACGAUAUUCACUUUCGCUUACAAUUUCACGAACUCUACUCGAUUUCUUGGUAUUGACGCAGCUGCGACAAAGAGCGUGCUCAGCUUUGGCAGUCUCGGCCUUGGCGCCUCAAAUAUCAUUGGCAGCGACGGAAGGAAGCUUGCUAGAUGGCGAGAUGCUGUUGAAAACUCGAUAUUUGGCGACUGGGGCUGGGAUUCUGGACAUAUUGCUGGAGACGGCCUGGAGAGGAGUCAGGCCCUCGGCGUUGAGCCGCACCACGUAAUGUGGAUGUCGGGCAAAGAGGUGCCCAAGGUCAAUGGCAUAGCAAUGCAGCCAUUCGUGUCGUGGGGAAGAGAUGUACCAACGGUGAAGGUUCUGCAACAUACCCCAGGGCAUUCUGUCCUUGAUAACGUCAUCUUAUACAAGGGCAACGUGUACCUUGUAACCGAUGACCCAGGCGGCCUCCCAUCUCUCGGCUCCAUCGUAUCACCGCCCAAUUUCUGGUCGAAGAUCUCCACCGCUGAGGCGAUUGAGGAAUUUGGUACUUAUGGCGGUCGUCUGGGAGGUGUAUCAUUUAUAUCUACCGACCCCUCUCCUGCCAAUUCUACCUUAUACGAGCUGUGGCGGACAUAUAGUGCCUUGGACCCGUCUAUUGACGCGGAGGGAAGGACUAUCCUCCCACAGCCUUACCGAAUCUUCAUGCCUUUCUUCCACCCUUUUACGGACCCAGACCCGCCUUAUGAGAAUCCCAUGCUGCCCCGUCCUCGAACCGACACUGGUUUCCAUCCAUUCCUCAUUAAGGCCGCCUUCCCCCACAUGGCGGUUAUGUUUGACCAAGAUUGGAUGGACUACCACUUUAUGGAGGUCCCGUACGUCGUUGAGCGAAUGGUGAUUGUAGACCGAAACUCGGGCAAUGUUUUACCAGAGGUCGUGUCACCAUAUUGGUUGGAGCCCGUCCGGAAACAGCUGGCGACAUACUUGAACUUGGAGAACGAAAAGUCGAAGAAAAAGGUCAUCACAUACGUCCACAGACAGAAUCAGUAUCCCCAGUAUGACUGGGAGCCACCCGCUCCAAAGCUGGGAGCCGAAGACCAUGAACUACUGGUGAAGAAGCUAGAAAAAAUGGCGUAUUCCUAUGGUCAUGAAUUCAACGUGGUUUCAGCGCUAGAUUUUGAGACGUCGUGGCAUGAUAGGAUAUCUGCGAUUAUGCGAUCUACGGUGCUUCUGGGUGCGCACGGGAGUGAUCUUAUGGAUGGGAUGUUCAUGCGACGAACACCGCAGACAACGAUGGUAGAGUUUUUCCCGCCGGAUAGGUUUGUAAGGGAUAGAGAGACCAUGGUGCACGGUUUAGGGAUGCACUACGUUGCCUGGUGCAAUGACCAAAAAUAUACGUCGGACAACCUACCACCCAUUUCAAAGCCCGAGAAUGAUGAGGCGACGAUGACGGUGAAUGCUGACCUUGUUGCUCAGACUGUCCGUGACAUUCUUUCUCGUUCGUGAGACCUUAUCGCAUAGCAAUCACAUCAAGAAUCUUGCAUAUUUAUUGAUAUACUUCGGGGGUCAUGUCCUAAUCGCGUAUUUUACCGGAUCCUUACAGCACUAGACCUAGACUUUUCUCUACAACAUACGUAAGUACAUACCUGUACGCUUAUGACUCUCGACGCUUUUUUUGCACGAUCCCCUUCUUCAUGCGACCGCCUGGGUCUGGGUUGUUGUGCCGUAUUUCUUACCAUAACUUAUAUACUGAAGACAUGGGUGAGAUAUCAAACUUCAAAUAUGUCUGCAAACAUGUGUUACAUAGUGUUGCCAUAAUUUUCUCUCCAUACCUCUUGUAUCCUUUGAAGUUAUAUUUUAAAAUUUAG